AUGGGGGAUUGGAACUUAUUAGGGAGUAUAUUAGAAGAAGUCCAUGUUCAUUCCACCAUUGUGGGGAAGAUCUGGCUCACCAUCCUCUUCAUUUUCCGCAUGCUUGUCCUCGGCGUUGCAGCUGAGGAUGUCUGGGAUGACGAGCAGAGUGAGUUUGUUUGCAACACAGAGCAACCCGGCUGCAAGAACGUCUGCUAUGACCAGGCUUUCCCCAUCUCUCUUAUCCGCUACUGGGUGCUGCAGAUCAUCUUCGUGUCCUCUCCGUCUCUGGUCUACAUGGGGCAUGCCUUGUACCGUUUGAGGACCCUUGAGAAGGAGAGGCACAGGAAGAAAGCCUGUCUGAAAGCUGAGCUUGAGGGGACAGACCCCGUCCAACAGGAGGAACAUAAGAGAAUUGAGCGAGAACUCAAGAAAGUAGAUGAGCAGAAGAAAGUAAGGAAAGCUCCCCUAAGAGGUUCAUUGCUGCGCACAUAUGUUUUCCAUAUCUUAACCAGAUCUGUGGUGGAGGUGGGUUUCAUUAUCGGUCAGUGUGCUCUGUACGGCAUUGGACUGUCUCCUUUGUACAAAUGUGAGAGGCUGCCUUGCCCCAACAGUGUUGAUUGUUUUGUGUCACGGCCAACAGAGAAGAACAUUUUCAUGGUUUUCAUGCUGGUUAUUGCUGGAGUUUCUUUAUUCCUCAACCUUCUGGAGAUUUUCCACCUAGGGGUGAAGAAGAUCAAACAAAGCUUGUAUGGAUACAAAUAUGGAGACGAUGAGAGCGUGUGCAGGUCAAAGAAAAACUCCAUGAUGCAGCAGGCUUUUGUGCUCACUAACUCCUCUCCACAGAGGUUGAUGCAGCUCACACAGAUGCCCUGUUCUGUUGUGUCUGAUACUCAUAGGGAGACUCUGAACAACAGGAAGCCCUCAUGCAGCAGUGACGAGUCAAAUGAAGCUCACGGCUCGGGCCGGCCGCAGUACGCAGGACCUCGACCCACACUGAUGGCCAGCCACAUGGAGAUCCCAGCUGCUCUGAGGAUCCCGCAGAGGAAGCAGAGCAGAGUGAGUGUUUGUAAGGAGCUCAGCGACAUGAGUGACUCUCCAGAGAGCGACCACUACCCCACAGCCAGGAAGUGCAGUUUUAUGUCCCGAGAACUGUCGGAGGAAAUGUUGGCCACUUCAUCUGACAGCACGGAUUCUCAGAGUGGAACAGACGUCGAGGCCCAGCACCUCAACCAGGGAGAGAGUCCAGCGGUGACCCCGCCGCCUCCAGCAGGCGGGAGGAGGAUGUCUAUGAACAUGAUUCUGGAGCUGUCUUCGAUCAUGAAAAAGUGA